AAAAGGUGGCUCAACAACAAAUUUAAAAAAAACACCUCAUAAAAAAACACAGGUCAACUUACGAAAACGUCAUUCUAUGCUCCAUGUCGGAUACAAUAAUUCAAGAAGUUCCUGUGUCAUCAACAUCAGCAGCAAGUACUGAACAUAUUAAUCAUUCAAUAGAACUGAUAUCUCAAACAAAUUUAAAACAAACGACGCUGAGUACUUUCCUUAAACGCCCCGUAAGUGUAGUACGGGAAAAAAAAAUAAAUGACUUAAUUUUUAAUAUGAUAGUCAAAGACCUACAGCCUUUUUCUGUCGUUGAAGAUACUGGUUUUAAAGAGCUAAUUAAUUAUUUAGAACCUGGUUACAAAUUACCUUCAAGGUACACAUUUAGUAAUACCUUCCUGGACGCUCAGUACCUUGAAGUCCAAAGCAGAUUAAAAGAAGAAUUGCAGAGUGCAAACUUUGUAUCAAUUACGACCGAUGCUUGGACUUCGCGAGCAGCGACUUCACAUCAGGCCGUUACUGCCCAUUAUAUAUUAAAUUGGGAGCUGAAGUAUGCACUAUUGGGCUGUUUUGAAUGUCAUGAGCGACAUACAGCCGAAUAUAUAAAGAAGGAAUUAUGUAACUUGCUGUCCCAUUGGAAUUUACAAAAUAAAAUAUUUGUCUGCGUAACAGACAAUGCAGCAAAUAUGAAAGCAGCCAUACGGUUGGCCAAUUUUGAACAUUUGCCUUGUGUCGCGCAUACGCUUAAUUUAAUUGUGCGUGCGGGACUUCAGGGCGCUGAACUAGAUUGCCUCAUAAAAAAAAUAAAAACCAUCGUGGAGCAUUUUCACAGAAGUCCGUUGGCAACGAAAAAAUUUGCUGAGGUGCAAAAGCAGCUGAGGCCUGGCGAAAAGCCUCUUAAAUUAAAAAUGGACAUAGUGACCAGAUGGAACAGCACCCUGGAUAUGCUAGAAAGAAUGUGUAUCCUUCAGGAGCCUCUAGAAGCGGCCCUUGGACUCCUACACAAUCCAGUUGCAAAUCUGUCAGAAAGUGACUGGCAGGCUCUUCCAGAUGUAAUUAAAAUUUUAAGACCAUUUAAGCAGCUAACCGAAGAAAUGUCGUCUGAAAAUAAGGUUACUGUUUCAAUGGUCUUAGCUGCGACUGAAAGUGUAAUUAGCAUGUUUGAAAAUUUAAAUUUAAAUAUUAAUACAGAAAUUGGAAAAAAUCUAUCUAAUAAAAUAAUAACAGAAUUCAAAUACAGGUUCAAAAAUUGUUAUAGAAACCCAAUAUUAUCUAAAGCAGCACUAUUAGACCCGCGGUUUAAGAAGUUGGCAUUCAGACUAGCUGAUGAAUCAAAUUAUGAGUGUGCUAAAACUCUGCUGAAAACUGAACUUGAAAAAUAUUUUAAUGUUGACAAACAGCAGACAGUGCAAUCAAAUAAAGUCACGCCAGCAAUAUUCACUGACACUAACGAGGACUCAAUAUGGAAAGACUUUGAUGCAAGAGUGACAUCAAACUCCGUCUCAAACUCAACUGUAUCCAGCAUCGUCACUAUGAGGCAAUAUUUUGAGGAACGCAUUCUUUCUAGGAAUGAGUGCCCAUUAAAAUGGUGGCAGGCGCGGGCAUUACUCUACCCCGAACUUUCAAUUUUAGCAGAGAAAUAUUUAUCGAUCAUGGCUACCUCGGGACCAUCCGAAAGAACGUUUUCGAAAUCGGGGCAAAUACAAAGUGAAAAACGUUGUUCCAUUCAACCAAAACGAAUGGAAAAAGUUUUAUUUUUAAACAUGAACAAAAGAUUACUUCGCUAAAAAUAAUAUGAAAUUGUUCUUUCUGUAAUGCUUAAUUUAAUUAUUUUUGUAAGUUUUUUAAAAUGUGCAUAAAAUGUUUCAUAGUUUUUUUAAUUUUUAAUGUCCAUAUAUAAUUUUCCUAAUGUUGUCGAAUCGAAUGUCAUUUAAAACAAUGUUAGGAAUUGUUAUGAUCGACCUGAACAAACAUAAUGCUUUACAUAUCAUAUUAUAAUCAUAAUCAUUGAUUUAUCAAUAGGCCAACAUAAAAAGGGAUCUGAAUAAGAAUAACAAAACAAGAAUAGUUCAAAAUACAGAAAUGUGUAAAAUAUGUAUAAUAUGUAAUAUUUAUAUGUACAAAGUUUGCUAAAACCAACCGGUAAUUGAAGAAACUGACCCAGUCAGAAUAAGACACUGCCGGAGACUACUCUUGGUGAGCAGUUUUUUAUAUCAACAAGUUAAGGGGUUGGUUUUUAUUCGUCUCUCACUCAAAUGCCUCUUUAUGUAUCUGAGUUGAUAUUAUCAUUUUUAUUUAGAAAUAAAUGACUUAAUAAUGUAUAAUUUUCUGUAAUAAUUUUCUAGA